CUCUUGCCGGUGAAACGCUAUCUUGACGGCUUGAACUACGUGCUCAGGUUAACGUUAGUGUUGCCACCAAACUUUCCAAAACAGAGCUAGUGUUUGAACAGCUGUAUCACAGAGGGGCUCUUUUAUAUCUCGGCGUGUAUGUGGUUGUUUGCUGGCGCUUAAGGAGACCUCCACGGUGGGUCUCAGCGCUGGAAUGAUUUUGAUGGAGUGAGACAUUGCUGUCACGGGAGAUUUUAAAGAAAAAAGUUCGACCACAUAUCAAGAAACUAGUCUCUUAAACUGAGUCGAACAGCGUAAUGGAUGGAAUAGACACCCUGCAGAGCUCUGCGCCAGAGACCAAGGCUGAGCGAAUUGCUCGCUACAAGGCAGAAAGAAGGCGGGAGUUGGCUGAGCGCUAUGGCAACACAGAGGAGUUCACCUCAAAGUACGUCCGUAAGGACAGGAAAACUGCAGGCACAUCCGAAACAGUGUCUUCAACAACAAAGGAGAAAGAGAAAUGUGAGGAUAAUGGAGCAGAGCAAACAUGCACCAGGAGGGGCUUUAGGAGUAAAGUAGCAGAACCUGUGGAGCCUGCUGAUGAAGAGCCCACAAAGAGAACAGCUCACCCCAAAACAGAAACGACUACAUCCUCAAAAUCAGAAGCUGUGCCCUCCAUGAAGAUGUCCUCCCAUUCCAGGCUGCUGGAAACUGAUGACACAGAGGAGCCAAAGGUUGAUAAAAAGCCUGUGGACUCCAAGAGAAGUGCAACUUCCAGCGUGUCUCUUUUUAAGGAGGUGGAGGGGAUGGAAGAUGGAAGCAGCGGCAGACAAGUUGAUGUUAAAGGAAAGCAUCAGGUAAUCGACAGUGACGAAAAGGAAACCUCUACGAGGCUCCAUGAACCUGAUACAGGCAAAGUCAUGGAAGAGCAGGAGUCCACAGACGAACCUUCAUGGAAACAGCAACAUGAAGACACUGCCACUACAGAGGACAAGUCUUCCAGUCUCCACUCUGACAGAGCUCUCCCACUCAGCAGAAACAGAGACGCCUCUCCCCCUCCCAGUCCUCCUUGCCAGUCUGCCGCCGUGCUGAAGCGCCAAGACUCGGGGCCUCAAGGCAUCAAGGGAAUCCUAAAGAAAAGCCGCUCUACUAGUGUGGAGUCAGACCACAGCGACGGCUCCAUGCCUGACCGUGUGCCAGCACAACAAAGUAGUGUCACCCUAAGCCACCCUCAGAGUGAAGACGAGGUGGAGGAGGAAGAAGAAGAAGAAGAAGAGCGGGAAGAGGUGGAGCAGCAGCAGGAGGAGGAGGAAGAAGACAUGGAAGAAGAGGUUAAUGGGGAAAAUGGCAAAGAGGAUGAGUCAUUAACAGAUGAGAUCCCAGACGGAGGGUGCAUCAGUAGCAACAGAUAUCAGAGGGGGAGCAGCAGCAGUAGCGGUGGAGGGAGCUAUGAGGAGAUGCGGAGUCCCUCCCCUGAUGAGAGCCUGGAGAAGUCCUCCACAAUGUCAGAAGAUGUCGAGGAGCUCGAGAGCAGUUUGGAUGGAAGUCAGAACUCGUCAUUCAAACAGAGAUUGGCUGAGCUUGGUAGAGAAGGUGAGAAGGACACACCGAAGAAGGCGAGGCCAUCUCAGAUGAUCCAGACGUCACUGGCUGACCGCUUCAACCAGCUCCAAGAUUCUGAAGGUGCCUGGAAGAAAAAGAAAUCCAAUGUAGAUGUGGAGCCCAAAAUGUCGCUGGCAGACAGGAUGAAAAUUCUCAAGGAGAAGGAGGAGCAGUGGAAGAGCAAAGGCAAAGGAGCGGCCAACGACUCAAACCAGUUCACUGUCGCUGGACGCAUGGCCAAGAAAGGUCUCGUGUCAGGAAUAGACGAGUCACCCAUUCGUGCUCUGAAGAAGGCUAAUGCAACACCCGUCAAACCUCUUGAAGAAAUCUCCACUCGCUCUGAUGUAAAGGUGGAAGGAGAUAAACGGCUCGACAAGCUGGAGUCCUUCCUAGAUAAGCUCCACAAUAAAGGCGUGAGCAAAAGCAAGACAUCCACCAUCGAGGUGACAGCAGAGAUGGAGAAAGAAGUGAUGAAGCUGGAUGACGAAGAGACGUUCGGCAACUUCUACAGAUCCGUCUCGCCCUCAGGAAUCCAGGACUCUGGCGUGGUGGUGACUGAGGAAGACCUAAGCCAGAUCCCGACUGAGUCACCAAAGCUCACUUCAGCAGUAGCAGAGCACAAGAGAGCGGUGCGACCAGCCAGAAGGAACCAAGGCUCCAGGAACCCUCUGCGAGCUUUAGCUGCCCGCAAUGACAUCAGGCAGGUCUACACCGAGCAGAGGCUUAACGUAGCCACCGUGGAGACCAAGAGGAUCCAAGUGGAGAGGAUGGCAAAACACUCGAACCUGGCUGACGUUGCCUUGGCCGGUCUGGCCAGCAAGGAAAACUUUCGCAAGGUGAACCUGCGAAGUGUGAAGUCCACUGAUGUUGUGACCAAUAACAGUGCAGUGCCUUUCAAUAAGCUCAUGCUUAUCCGCAUCAAAGGGCGGAGGCACGUCCAGGUUCGGUUGGUGGAGCCCACAGCUCAGUCUCUGAACAGUGGUGACUGCUUUCUUCUGAUAACACCAAAGCACUGCUACAUGUGGAGUGGAGAGUUCGCCAACGUCAUCGAGAAAGCAAAGGCGUCAGAGAUGGCGUCGUUCGUUCAGGCUAAGAGGGACCUCGGCUGUAAGGCCCCUCAGGUGACGGUGCUGGAGGAGGGCAUCAACACUGAGAGCAGAUGGGCCAAAGAGUUCUGGACCCUGCUGGGUGGAAAGACCAAAUACAGAGGGGCGGGAGAGCCAGAGGAGGAUGAGCUGUACGAGAGUGGCGUGCUGGACUCUAAUGGGGUGUACAGACUCCAGGGAGACAAGCUGGUGCCUCAUGAAGACGCCUGGGCCUCUAUCCCAAGUGUGUCCUUGCUCGACUCUAAAGAGGUGUUAGUGUUUGAUUUUGGCAGCGAAGUGUACGUGUGGCACGGGAAAGAUGUGCCCUUGAGCGACAGAAAAGUGGCCGUCAAACUAGGCAAACAGCUCUACAGCGGCAGCUACGAUUACAGCAACUGCAGAGUCAACCCGCUGGAUGCCUCCUGCACAAACCAGGACACACCUCAGAAAGGGGAAGGUCGUCCAAGCUGGGCUCUGUUUGGUCGUUUGUCAGAGCACAAUGAGACGUCCCUGUUCAGAGAGAAGUUCCUGGACUGGGCUGAGAGGAAGAAAGAGGAAGCGGCUCAAGCUGAGGAAGUUAAGAGCCCGGUCCACUCCACUGUGCGCCCCCCACUUGACUUGGAGCUCCACCCAUGUGACGCUAAAGAUCUGCUGAACAAUGAGCCGGAGCCGGUGAAAACCAUUCUGGAGGGGAUCGAUGUCCAGCGGGGUCACGGCCUGGUGAGGACAGAGGAUGGGAGGCAGGCAGACUUGGCAACGGUGGCCGUAGAGGCGUGGCACAUAAGAGAGCACGGAGAGGAGGAAGUGCCUGAGGAAAGCCUGGGCCAGCUGCACGAGGGCGACGCCUACAUCAUCCGCUGGAAGUACUCUGUCACCACGCUCGUGGGGAAGCGGCAGAAACCCGGGGAGCUGAGCACUGGAGGUCCUGGGAGAGAGAGGGCUGCAUAUUUUUUCUGGCAGGGCCGCCACUCCAGCGCCAGUGAGAAAGGAACCUCCGCUCUCAUGACGGUGGAGCUGGGAAGCCAUAGGGGGUCACAGGUGUUGGUGACUCAGGGAAAAGAACCUCCUUGCUUCUUGCAGCUCUUCCAGGGAGGUCUGAUCAUCCAUAAGGGCAGCAGAGAGAACAACACCAACAACACAGAAGCCUGGAGGUUGUUUUGUGUCCGUGGUGAGGCAGAGUCAGAAGCCUCGCUGGUGGAGGUGGACUGCCAGCCAAGCAGUCUGCGCUCUCGUGGCAGCCUGGUGUUGCUUAAUGCUGAGAAAGGCCAGCUCUACUUGUGGCACGGCUGCAAGGCUCAUGCAAGCGCCAAGCAGGUGGCCAAAAGAGCAGUGGACAAACUAACCCAGAGGCAUCCAUCAGAGUUAGGCCUGAGCCUCACCAGCAGUGUGAGAGUGGAGGAGGUGGAGGAAGGAUCUGAACCUGCGGAGUAUGCGAAGGCUCUGGGCCUGAAAGACAAGAAGGCCUACGACUGUAUGCUGAAUGAUCCAGGAAAGUACACCUACACACCGCGCCUCUUCAGCCUAAGUGCGAGCUCCGGGGUGUUUGAAGGGGAGGAGGUGCUGUAUCCCGCCAGGGUAGCAGAAGGAGUCAUGGCGAUGCCUUUCCUGCAGGAGAACCUCUACGCAGCACAACAGCCAGCCUUGUUUCUGCUCGACAACCGUAUGGAGGUGUAUCUGUGGCAGGGCUGGCAGCCUGAAGACACGCAGUGCACCGGAUCUGCGAAAAUGCGCUGGGACAGCGAGAGGAAGUGCGCCAUGGAAACUGUGCUGCAGUACUGCAAAGAGAAGAAUCCUCGGCGCCCCCCUCUGGCCUAUUUGAUCCUAGCAGGCUGUGAACCCCUGACCUUCACCAACAUCUUCCCAUACUGGGAGAAGGACCCCAGUAUCGCUUCAAAGGCUGGGCUCUCCAAAAAAGUGAUCUUGGUGAAAGAGGCCCUGUCCAAGCUCAGUAAGCAGCAGUACUCCAUCGAGGAGCUGACCGGGAAACCGCUGCCAGAGGGAGUGGACCCAAUGCGCCUGGAGGAUUACCUCUCAGACCAGGACUUCAAGAAACUUCUUGAGAUGAGUCGCGUUGAGUUCAACGCUCUGCCAAACUGGAAGCAAAAGAAUCUGAAGAAAAGCAAGGGUCUGUUUUAAAACCGCAUCGUUUUCUUCACGCAUCUGUUGGGUCUUUUUUUUUCUUUCUUUUUUUUUUAACGUGUUUUAUUAAAUACAAACAGGCCUCAUUUUGUAGAAAGACUUAAGAAAAGCAAAUGUACAAUUUUGUUCAAAUGUUGAUCUAUUUUUAAAAAAAGUGCCAUUUUUCCCCUUUAUCAGUGAAAUAUUCUAGCCUAUGUAGAAUUGUUAACCUUUUUUUAAUAGAAAUGUUUUGUUUUACAUUUAUCCUCAUAUUAUAAAUAUGUAAUAUACCAUAAAUGUUUUUAUCAGUUUUAUUUCUCAUUUAAAACUGUUUGUUUAUAAAAAAAAUGCCUGUGGUCUUUAUACUAUGGGAAUUUUAUUUACUCCCUUUUUUUUUUUUCUUUUUUUCGAAAUGCGUCAUGGAAAAAGCCACCUCUGUGUUAAGAAAAACAAUUGCUCAGCAGAAAUAUGAAAUAUCGACAUGUUUUGAGAACAGAGGAAGAAAAAUUGAAGGUCUGUGCACAAUUCCUGUAAUCUAUCAUUCUCUGAUGCUCUUUAACCAGAGUGUUGGUACAGACGUCUGAUUCACACACACACAAAAAUAUUCAGUUUUUAGCAUUUUUAAAUGUGUGCAGAGGCCUAUGCAACAAAGCAAUCUGCAAAACUCUCCCCCAAAAAAUUCCCUCGUUGAUCAUUAAUAUCGAUUAGAGUUUGUUCUUAUAAUUAACUACCCCUCUGGUUAUCUGGGACCAAAUCUAAUCUUUGUGUCAUUUAUGUUUUUCUGUGUAUGCGUGAUUUUUGUGAGCAAGGGUGCAACUUUUAAAAGUAUUAGGUGUGUGUUGUGGAGAGAGACUGAGAGAAACUGUGCUGCGUAACUGCCUUUAAUGCAAACCUACUCCCUGUAUUGAUAUGAUGGUAUAUACAGCAUGCUGGUAGUAAAGCUGCCUGUCACGUCUGAACUAGAACACUCUCUGCAUGGUGUUCACAAUCAUGCAUUCAUUUUGUUGCAAUAUGCAUCUUUUUUGUGAUUAAAUAAGAUCUGUAUUAUUUGUUUGGGGCCAGCUUUUAUUUUUAUUUUUUUGGCACAUAAAAUAAAAGGUUGGUGGUUUGGGAAUGAGAUGCUCAGUAUUCCCUUUUCAAAUAAAAUGUAUUAAAAAAA